AUGAAAUUCAUCAUUUUACUGGGGCUACUGCCAUUUGCAUCUUCUCAGCAGACUGAAAAAUGUGAUUCUACGAAGUUCAGCCAUUGUAAUGUGGCACUCGGCCAAUACUGGAAUGUGGACACCUCAAACAUGUGGAAUGACAUUAAUCAGCUGAACCAAGUGAUGCUCUCGCUGAUGAAAUUGCCGUAUAGCAUAAACAAUUAUGCGAACAUAUGCAAUGGCUUUGCGAACUUUUACGCUUGUCUCGGCCCCGCUAACAUCCAAAACUGCCUCGGUUUGGUUGGACAAGUCGGUAUGGGAAGAUCUCCACAAGAUGCUUAUGCUUACUUAGGAUUUAUGGCCGACUGGAGAUUUAAGUGCGGUGCUGGCUUUUUCGCCGUCUACGAAAGCUCGACGUUCACUUCCUGCACUCAAAGCACAUAUGUGAAUUACAAUACAGACAUGGGCAAGGUGGUCGUUGACUACAGGAUGAACAUUACCGCCGACCCGAACAACGCGUGCAAAUACGCUCAAAACCUUAUGGAUACAUAUGCAACAAUCUAUCGCAAUGGCGCAUGUCGUGCGACAAAUGCUGCUGAUGCCCAAUGGUACGGUUGCGAAUCUGGACGUGAAUACACAAACGCACAGUUCAGGCACUGCCAGCAUUCUACAAAGUGCCGUGAGUCUGAAUUUUGCGAAUGUCAUAAGAAUAAAGCGCAGUUUUCUUUUCCAGCCAAGACCAAUUGA